AAAAUAGUAUUUGUGAUUGAAAUUAAUGAUAAUAUAAGACAUUACUUAAUUUAUUUAUUUAAUUAUUAGUUAAGUAAAAUGGUAUCUAUCCUUUUAAACGACAAACGAAUUGGCAUUGAGAAGAUGUUAGAGGCAUAACAAAUUGCUAAGGAAAAAAAAAGCUAACAAAAAACUUGUUUGUAAAAAAAAAUAGAAGAAAAUCAGAGGGAAUAGGUUGCUUGUAUCGAUUGUAAAUCUAAUCAAAAAUUUAAUAAAUUAUCAAAACAAUAAAUUUGCGAAAAUAAGAAAACGUAAUAAAUGUAUUCACAAAACGACGUAGAGAGAAAAUGUCUCAAGUAAAAGAAGAAGCUUAAAAUUUUGGCAAUUGGAGAUUCUCAUAUUGGGAAGACUACUUUCUUAAAGAAUUACUGUUCAUAGUAGUACGAUUUGAAUUAUAAAUCCAACGAUAAUUUUACUUAAUAAAAAGUAAAUAAAACUAUUGGUUGUGAUAUUCAUGUCUGCUAUCAUACUCCUAACACCAAAGCUCUUAUCACUGAAACAAAAUAAAAUGAUUCACUAUAAUACUAAGAAGAAUACACUGUUUAGUUUAUAGACAUGGCAGGAGAAAAUAAAUAGAGAGAGUUUUUGAAUGUCUUUAUUAGGAAUAAACUACAAAAAUUAGAUGCAAUCUUAUUCUUUUUUGAUUUGACUAAUUUAAAUACAUUCAAAAACUUUUACAAGUGGCUAAUGGCUAUAUUCCAUAACAGUUAAAGUAAAAAGGACUAUGCCUGUGUGUGGUAGAUUCCCUUUUUAUUGAUUGGGACAAAAACUGAUUAAAUACCAUCUAAAUAUUAAGCUUAAAUAAAAUAAAAGUUACUUAACUAACUAAAUAAAAUGUUUAAGUGCACACGUGGAGAGAACCUUAUCUUUUUAAACGCUAACAACAUUGAAAGCUCAAAUUAAAAAGUAGAAAUGUCCAUGUUCCAUUUAUUUUUAAGUGAAAUCUGCAUUGAAAAGACAAUGAAAAAUAUGAAACAAUCAACUAAUUCUUCUUUAUUUUCAUUUUAAGGUUAAAGUGAAUACAAUCCAUAAGAACUCUUAAGCGGUCUCAACAAAAACACCUAAAAAUACUGCUUAAAUAAUGAUAAUUAUAAGAAUAAAAGAAUAAUUGAAGAAGAUAAAAACUUUAUGCAAAUCGUUUUAGAAGUUAAUUAAUUCUCUGAAUAUAAAAAAGCUUGGUAAAAUCAAGUUUUUAAUUUAACCUCAAGGGUUAUUGUUAUCAAAGAGCGCAUUACUGAAAUUAUUUAUACUACUUUUAGAAAAAGCGAAGAUGAGCUUGUUCUUCCUCAUUCUAAUUUAGAGUGA